AUGUCCUUCGUGGAGCUGCUGGCCCGCCUGGGCGGCAUGGGCCGCUUCCAGGUGACCUACGUGGCCGCGCUGGCCAUCCCGCUGCUCAUGCUGGCCAGCCACAACCUCCUGCAGAACUUCACCGCCGGCGUCCCCGAGCACCACUGCCGGCCCCGGCCGGUGGCCAAUGCCACCGCGGCCGACGUCCCCCUGGUGGUGUCCAUCCCCUGGGACGGCCACCGCCGGCCCCAGCGCUGCCGCCGCUACGUGGAGCCCCAGUGGCACCUCCUGGACGCCAACGGCUCGGCCAGCGCCGCGGCCAACGGCACGGCCACCGCGGCGGCCACCGAGCCGUGCCACGAUGGCUGGAUGUACCUAGAGGGCAUCUUCACCGACACCAUCGUCACCGAGUGGGACCUGGUGUGUGACUCCAAGAAGCUGAGGCAGGUGGCCCAGUCCAUCUACAUGGGCGGGAUCCUGCUGGGCUCCGGCCUCUUCGGGGUCCUCUCCGACAAGUUCGGCCGCCGGGCGCUGCUCACCUGGUGUUACCUGCAGAUGGGGGCGGCGGGGGUGGGCACGGCCGCGGCCCCCUCGCUCCUGCUCUACUGCCUGUGCCGCUUCCUGAGCGGGCUGGCCAUGGCCGGAGUGUCCCUCAACUCCGCCUCCCUCUGCAUGGAGUGGAUCCCGACGGAGGCGCGGGCCGUGGUGGGCACCAUCAAUGGCUACUGCUACACCCUGGGCCAGUUCGUGCUGGCGGCCGCGGCCUUCGGGCUCCCGCACUGGCGGCAGCUCCAGCUCGUCGUGUCCCUGCCCUUCUUCGUCUUCUUCUUCUACUCCUGGCUGUACGUGGAGUCCGCGCGCUGGCAGGUGACCUCGGGCAGAGCCGACCUGGCCCUGCGGGGGCUCCGCAAGGUCGCGAGGGUCAACGGCAGGAAGGAGGAGGGGGACAAGCUCAGCGAGGAGAUCACCUGGACCCCCUCCCGACCUUUCCUCGACCCCUCCAAUCCCUCCUCAGACCCCUGGGAUCCCCCCCAAGCCCCCCGGCUCCCCCUGACCAGCCCCCGGGGCCCUUCAGCAGGGCGGAUCCCGGUGGAUCCCGUUGGAUCCCGUUGGAUCCCGGUGGAUCCCGAUCCAGGCGGAUCCCGGCAGGUGCUGCGGGCUCUGGUGCGCCGGGAGCCGCCAAUGCCCGGCGGGGCCGUGGCCGCGCUCGUCAGGACCCCUGGCAUGAGGACGGUGUCGUGCGGGGUCUCCUUCGUCUGGUUCUCCACCAGCUUCGCCUACUACGGGCUGGCCAUGGACCUGCAGGGCUUCGGUUUCAACGUGUACCUGAGCCAGGUGGUGUUCGGAGCCGUGGACAUCCCGGCCAAGCUCCUGUCCGUGCUGGUCAUCUCCUGCCUCGGGCGGCGCCUGGCCCAGGGAGGCUCCUUGGCCAUCGCCGGACUCUGCAUCCUGGCCAACAUCUUCGUGCCCAGUGAGCUGUCGAUGCUGCGCAUGGCCUUCGCCGUGGUCGGGAAGGGCGCCUUGGCCGCCUCCUUCAACUGCGCCUACAUCUUCACCGGGGAGCUCUUCCCCACCGUCAUCAGGCAGACGGGGAUGGGUCUGGGGGGCACCAUGGCCCGCGUGGGGGGGAUGGUGGCCCCCCUGGUGCGCAUGGCGGCCGACGUCACCCCGGUGCUGCCGCUCGUCAUCUACGGGGCCGCCCCCAUCGUCUCGGCCGUGGCCACCUGCUUCCUGCCCGAGACCCGCAACGCGCCCCUGCCUGAGACCGUCAAGGACGUUGAGCGGCGGGCGGGGAACCUCGAGGACGACGACGUCGCCGUCCCCCUGAGCAGCACCAAGAGCAAGGACGGCGCCUGA